GAUGGUCCUAUCGCCCCCUCCCUUGCAGUGUUCCCCGCCAAGCGGCGUAACCGGCACAGCGUGGCAGGGCCGCAGGUGGCCGCCCGGCUGCACAGCGCCGCCGAGAGGGCCCCAGUUCGCCGCAGUAACACCCUGCCCCCCACGCUGGGCCAGGCCGGGCUGCUGGGCCGCCUGCUGGAGGAGCGGGGCCUCGGGGCAGUUCCUCGUUUGUGCUGGGCUCUGCCCUCCCGCCCCAGGGCCGGCCAGUGACCCCGGCAUGGUCCGAAUCGUCUGUGGGCACCACAACUGGAUCGCCGUGGCAUACGCCCAGUUCCUCGUUUGCUACAGGAUGAAGGAGACGUCGGGCUGGCAGCAGGGGUUCUGCAGCCCGCGGCUGGACUGGGUGAUCGAGCGGGUGGCCCUGAAUGCCAAGGUGCUGGGCGGGUCGCUGGGCGAGCAGGACAAGAUGGUGGCCGUGGCGUCCUGCAGCGAGAUCAUCCUCUGGGCCCUGCCAGCCGACGGCAACGGCAGCGAAAUUGGCGUAUUCCACCUGGGCGUCCCGGUCGAAGCGCUUUUCUUCGUGGGCAGCCAACUCAUCGCCACCAGCCACACAGGCAAGAUCGGCGUCUGGAACGCUGUCACCAAGCACUGGCAGAUCCAGGACGUGGUUCCCAUCAGCAGCUACGACGCGGCCGGGACCUUCCUGCUGCUUGGCUGCCACAACGGCUCCAUCUACUACGUGGAUGUGCAGAAGUUCCCUCUGCGCAUGAAGGACAACGACCUGCUGGUGACGGAGCUGUACCGCGACCCCUCGGAGGAUGCUGUCACCGCCCUCAGCGUCUACCUCACCCCCAAGACAAUCUGUGCCGAUAACAACCAUGUCCGCACCUGGACGGUGACGCGCUUCCGCGGCAUGAUCUCCACGCAGCCAGGGUCCACCCCGCUGGCCUCCUUCAAGAUCCUGUCCCUGGAGGACCUCGACGGGCACGCAGGCUGCAGCGCCGGCACCGACAUCGGGCCCUUUGGAGAGCGCGACGACCAGCAGGUUUUCAUCCAGAAAGUGGUUCCGGACGCCAGCCAGGUCUUCGUGCGUCUCUCCUCCACCGGCAAGAGGAUCUGCGAGGUGCGCUCCGUGGACAACACGGCCAUCACCUCCUUCACGGUGCACGAGUGCGAAGGCUCCAGCCGCAUCGGCUCCCGGCCGCGCCGCUACCUCUUCACGGGCCAUGCCAACGGCAGCCUCCAGAUGUGGGACCUGACCACCGCCAUGGAGAUGCUGGGCAAGCCGCCAGAGGUCGGGGGCCUGACGGAGGAGGAGCUGCUGCAGCAGCUGGAGCAGUGCGACCUGGCCCUGACGCGCACCCCGGACAUGAGCCCGGCCUGCUCCUUCGCUCACCCCGGCACGCCCCAGGCCUCCAGCACCAGCCUCCAGUCCCAGGGGAGCGACGGUGCCCGAGACAGACCCGCCAAGGGGGCUGCCAGCCCCGGGGUCCUGCUGAGCUCUGCCCGCGGAAGCCUGCUGCUGCCCAGACCCCGCGAGGGCCCCUUCCCGGCGCUGACGGCCAGCCAGAGCUCCCUGAACCGCGGCGAGGGCCCCGUGCCGGAGCCCUGCCCCCGGCGGCCAGUGGAGGGACCGGAUGGCGACCCCCGGGCUCCCCACGAGCUGCGUGGCGGGGGCAGCUUCGUCGAGCGCUGUCAGGAGCUGGCCCGCUCCUCCGGGCUCGAAGGCAGGCGGCCUGGCCCGGCCGGGGAGCCCGACGGGGCGCGCCUUGGAGCAAAGGGCAAGGUCCUGCUCCGUGCCCCCGGCAUGCCGGCCCGCAGGCUCCCCGGAGCCAGCCCCACCCCUUCCAUCAGGACCCUGCCCCCCGCCCUGCCGGGGUCCGGCUCCUCCUCCCCCUCAGUGGUCAGCGAGGCCCUGCCCAUCGUCCCGCUGGCAGCGCCCAAAGCCCAGCUCAACGAGACCUCGUUUUAGCAUCCGUGGAGGGGCCGGGGACUCCAGCCCGGCAGGGACUGACUCACCACAGAGGCCUUACGCCCGCUGCCCGACCCGGGCUCUGCUCAGCCUGUCCGGCCACCCGGUCUCCCGGACUCGGCCACCCCUGGGACCAGCACCA